AUGGUUAAAAACGAUAAGAAGGGAAAGAAGAGACAACCAGAGUCUGAUGUUGAAUCUGACAACGAACAAUUAGUAAAUGAAUUAGAUGAUGAUUUUAAUGAAAUAGCCGGAUUAUUAGGGGAUGAUAUUAAAGACCCAGAAAAGAAAUCUAAGAAAAGUAAAUCCGAAGACCUCGAACAUAAAAUCAAUAAUCAAAUUAAACCAAAAGCUGAAGAAGAACAUGAAGAUGAAGUUAAUGAUAAAUUUGAAGAAGCAGGAUUUUCGGAACCUACAUUAAAAGCUAUCCAAGAUAUGGGUUUCACUACUAUGACUAAAGUUCAAGCUAAGACUAUUCCACCAUUAUUAGCUGGUCGUGAUGUUUUAGGAGCAGCAAAAACUGGUUCAGGUAAAACAUUAGCAUUUUUAAUACCCGCCAUUGAAAUGUUAUAUUCAUUAAAAUUCAAACCAAGAAAUGGUACAGGGGUUAUAGUGAUUUCUCCUACUAGAGAAUUAGCAUUACAAAUAUUUGGUGUUGCCAGAGAAUUAAUGGCUCAUCAUAGUCAAACUUUCGGUAUAGUAAUUGGAGGUGCUAAUAGAAGACAAGAAGCCGAAAAAUUAGUUAAAGGUGUUAAUCUUUUAAUUGCUACACCAGGUAGAUUAUUAGAUCAUUUACAAAAUACCCCAGGUUUUAUAUUCAGAAAUUUAAGAGCAUUAGUUAUUGAUGAAGCUGAUAGAAUUUUAGAAAUUGGGUUCGAAGAUGAAAUGAAACAAAUCAUUAAAAUUUUACCAAGUGAAGAAAGACAAACUAUGUUAUUUUCAGCUACUCAAACUACUAAAGUUGAAGAUUUAGCUAGAAUUUCUUUAAGACCAGGUCCUUUAUAUAUUAAUGUUGUACCAGAAACCGCGGCAUCCACAGCUGAUGGUUUAGAACAAGGAUAUGUUGUUUGUGAAUCCGAUAAAAGAUUUUUAUUAUUAUUUUCAUUCUUGAAGAGAAAUGUCAAGAAGAAAAUAAUUGUUUUCUUAUCAUCAUGUAAUUGUGUUAAAUAUUUCGGUGAAUUAUUGAAUUACAUUGAUUUACCUGUAUUAGAUUUACAUGGUAAACAAAAACAACAAAAGAGAACCAAUACAUUUUUUGAAUUCUGUAAUGCUAAACAAGGGAUCUUAUUAUGUACUGAUGUUGCAGCCAGAGGAUUAGAUAUUCCAUCAGUUGAUUGGAUUAUUCAAUUUGAUCCACCUGAUGAUCCAAGAGAUUAUAUUCAUAGAGUUGGUAGAACUGCCAGAGGUUCAAAUGGUAAAGGUAAAUCAUUAAUGUUUUUAACCCCAAGUGAAUUAGGUUUCUUAAGAUAUUUGAAAGCUGCUAACGUACCAUUAAAUGAAUAUGAAUUCCCUCAAAAUAAAAUAGCCAAUGUUCAAUCACAAUUAACCAAAUUAAUUAAAAGUAAUUAUUGGUUACAUCAAUCAGCUAAAGAUGGUUAUAGAUCUUAUUUACAAGCUUAUGCAUCACAUCAUUUAAAAACUGUUUAUCAAAUUGAUAAAUUGGAUUUAGUUAAAGUUGGGAAAUCUUUUGGUUUCGAAGUACCUCCAAAAGUUAAUAUAACCAUUGGAGCUAGUGGGAAAUCUAUUGAAAAGAAACAUAAAAAGCAAAGACGUCAAUAA